CUGUUUGAACCUAACUGAGUGUAGGAGUGAGGUUCGAAUGAGAGUUUGGGUCAAGAAGAAACGCGAGCGUCAAGUUCGAUCGGGGAGAGAGGAAUUAGAGAGUUGAGCGAGGACCGGAGUCCAAACUUUUAGAAAGAGAAGUAAUUGUUAUAGAGAGAGAAUGGUGAAAAAUGCGAUCCCCUCACCCACCGUAGUAAAUGCCGUAUUUAUAGGCUUCGUUGUGGUGGGUGAGUGGUUGACCCAAGUGGGGAUACAAGAUGUGACAAUUGGGAUACAA